AUGCGCAGCAGUAGUAUUGACGCAGAGGGCGAGGAAGAUGAUCUCGACAUGCCCGAAACUCAGUCGCCUAGCCUUCAAAACGAUCUUCCCGAAGAUCAGGACGAUGACGAAGACGAAGAAGAUGAUGACGAGGAAGACGAAGAUGCAGAUGCAGAUGCAGAUCAGGACGAUGACGAGAGCGAGAUUGUCGGUGCUGUAAAGAGAGCCCCUACAAGGAGUAGAUCUUCAAGAGCCAGGAAAAGUCGCGACAUUGAAAGCAGCGAGGACGACGAUUCUGCAUCCGACGGCGACAAUGAUUCCGACUCGUCUGACGAAUCUGCUGCCACUCAAGCGCCCUGGGAAAAGGAGAGCGAUACUGCUCAAGAACAGGACCAAGACAUUGUGACAGACUCGACUUGCGUAUAUUGCGGACAAGACGAAGAAAAUGAUCCGAGCGACGAGUAUGAAGAAUAUCUCGAAUGCGGUCAUUGCGGGGAUCAUGCUCACAAGCAGUGCGCCAGAAACGCUAACUCGCUUAGCUCGGAUCAAGGUACGUCGAAUCCUCAGACCUGGCUAUGUCAUGAUUGUGUACAUAAUGGUUUCCUUUCUGUCGACAGGUCGACCAUUAAUGAUGGCUCUCAACGUCGAUCGUCUGUUCCCAAGUUAGCCCGAGAUCUCCUGCCUGCUGCUCGUGGCGGCAUCAAACCAAACUCGCAUUCAGUCUUCAACAAUCUCAUACUGGACGAUGAUCCGAUGGAUGGUUCUCGCUCGCUUAGGAAACGUAAGAAUUCUUCCGUCGAGCUGGACGACCCAACACCAAGGGCGGCAUCACGGAAAAGGAGACGAUCAACUGCAUCUGGCAGUCAAACCAACAUCAAUGUCACGCCAAGAGACGCAGUGAAGGAGCAGUCGACAACACGGCAAAGUAUUGGUUCAGCGGAAAGUGAAAAGUCCUCCAAAACGCGUCGCCUUCGGAAACAGCCUCAGUCAAGCACAAACGCAAGGAUCAUUUCCAUCGAAACACACGAGGACAACCCUAAAACUCUUGUUAUCGCCAUCCCCAUCAGCGCCGCUGCUCUCGAAGGCAUUGAGCGCAACGCCCAAAGAAAGGCUCGAAGGCGCGAAAGAGACAGAGCGCGACGAGCACUAAUGGGCAGUCGCAAGAAGAAGAGUGGCGCGCAGAGCGAUGUUUACGAAGCAAUCGAAGCUACUUCCUCACACUACCCUGCCGUCGCCACAACUCUUUACGACAAUCCUUACUACCCCUUUCCUGACCGAGAAUUGGACACCGUGCAGGGCAAGCCUUUUGGUGGCAUCCUCACUGAUGCCGAAGCUGACACAACCAAAACGUUUCCUCAGCAAGCUGAUCGUGAUCUUUUCGAGGAGUCUCGCCGCCAGGCCGAAGAAGCCAGAAAGGCCGAACAAGCUGCCAACCCUAUCGAAUUACCUUCAAGAUCCAAGUCAUCCGGCGGACUUCCUACUAAGAUUAAGUACAUCCACUUUGGCGGCUGGGAGAUUGAGACACUGCAUGCCGCGCCUUAUCCUGAGGAAUACAAUCGCAACCCUAUCCUGUGUAUUUGCGAGUUCUGUCUCAAGUAUAUGAGCUCGUCUUAUGUCGCUUUCAGACACAAACUCAAAUGCCCACACAAACAUCCCCCUGGCGAUGAGAUCUAUCGCGACGAUAUCAUUGAUGCCGACGGUAACAAGAAAAGCAUCUCCUUCUUCGAGGUUGACGGUCGCCGCAGUCCACUUUACUGUCAAAAUCUUUGUCUUUUGGCCAAGUUGUUUCUUGGUUCAAAGACCCUGUAUUAUGAUGUCGAGCCUUUUCUCUUCUAUGUCAUGACGGAAAACGAUGAAUACGGUUGCCACUUUGUUGGCUACUUUUCGAAGGAGAAGCGAGAUUGGACGCCACCUACUGAUCCUCGUGCUUCUAUCGAGAUCGGUUCUGAUCCACUAACAAAUGGUCUUCAAGCCAAGGCAGGUGCCAACGCUAAUGACCCGCCAGGCAACAAUGUCUCGUGUAUCCUGGUGUUCCCAGUCCAUCAGCGUCACGGAUUUGGUCGUACUCUGAUCGAGUUCUCCUACCUAUUGACUCGAGUGGAAGGUAGAACGGGCUCUCCUGAAAAGCCACUCUCCGACUUGGGUCUUGUCUCCUACCGCUCUUACUGGCGUGGUGUCAUGUGCAGAUUACUGCUCGGGUACAAAGAGGCACCUCGAGGCUCGCAUGACAUCUCGUUCUCGAGCAUGGCUCGUGCUACAGGCAUGACUGUCGACGAUGUCAUCUCUUCACUGGAAGCGCUUCGUGCUAUUGUCAAGGAUCCCGUCACCAACAAAUAUGCCCUUCGUUGCGACUGGGCGUACAUGGCAGAAUACCUCGACAAGCACGACAAGAAACGUCACAUCAAGAUCGAUCCUGCAAAACUCAUCUGGACACCGUAUGUGAUGGGUAAGCCUACAAGCUAUUUCCCAGUCGGUGAAGAAGCCAAUGGUCCUAUCCAAACCAAGGCUCGUCGCGAUGAGCCUGAGGAUUUGCAGACCGCACAACCUGAAGAAGGCGUUCAGCAAGCUCAAGUCAAUGGAACCUCUACACCUGAUCCGGACGCAACGAAUGGCGACAACCUCUCGCCCAAGGCUACUCGCAAGGCUCCCCCAUCGACAUUGACGCCUCAGCCCUCCAUCACCCAGGGCUCUCCUCCUCGCCGCUCGCCUCGCAAAUCGCAAUCUCAAUCACAGCCCGAGCAGGCCAACGGCGCAACACAAGAUGACCCAACCUCGCAAAACGAUACUUCGGACACUUCAUCGGUCAGACGUGGGUCCGCAUACACAGAAGACAGCAUCCCCGCCUCGCGAUUCGAAAUCUUCCCACCCAUUCCCGGCCAGGUCACGAAGCGCAGACCUGGUCGUCCCAUGGGCAGCCGCACUCGCUCUAAACUCACCCCAUCUAUCAAUAGACACGCCGACAGCAUAGCAGAAAGCUCUCCUCACCCAACAGCUACACCCCGCGGCCGACCCACCAACGCCGCCCGUCGUGCCCGCAGCAAACUCGACGAAAUGGAAGUUGCGCCCUCAGCCGAAGAAGACGAGAUUCAACGCCAGAUCUCUUCUGAACACGAGCGCGCAUUAGAAGAUAUCGUCUCCACCAACAACGGCGCAGCAUUCACGCGGCCGAAAUUUAUGGGUAAGAUUGAGGUGCCUGAACAUGCUGUUGAAGAUGACGAGGAAGACGAAGAUGCUGAAGGUGAAGAUGUGGAGAUGGAAGAAGGAGUGGGGACUGGAUAUGACGGCGUAGGAGGUGCAGCUCUGCCUAUAGAAAGAGAGGACGAAUAUGUUCCUGGCAACGAUGGCGAUGAAGAGGAUGAGGAAGAUGUUGAUGCUGAUGGGGAUAGCGAUGAUGAGAUGCCGGACGCUUAG